AUCCCCCUAUCAGGCUAUGGAGGGACCAGUAGCAUUAUUCUGGAAGACACCAGGAAGCGUUCAGACGGCUACGUGGCUAUGCUAAUGGGUGUGGCAGCAGGCCAGGUGUCCAAGCUCUGUGUGUGUGUGAGGAACACUGGGUCCAGGGCUGCCUUCAUUAAGGCUGUUCCCUACUCUGACCUUCAGACACGCUCUGUCAUGGACUCAUCUGUCAUCAGCCUCUCUCCAUCUCCGUUAGUACACAGGAGGUAGGACACAUGACUUGUUUCAACAUUUCUGCAUGUGGUCAGAAAGGAGGUUCUGGUUGACACCUUGUCAAGUUGGUUUCAUCUGGACUAACUGUCAAAGAGACCUGACUGAAUGACACCUUGUCAAGUUGGUUUCAUCUGGACUAACUGUCAAAGAGACCUGACUGAAUGACACCUUGUCAAGUUGGUUUCAUCUGGACUAACUGUCAAAGAGACCUGACUGAAUGACACCUUGUCAAGUUGGUUUCAUCUGGACUAACUGUCAAAGAGACCUGACUGAAUGACACCUUGUCAAGUUGGUUUGAACUGGACUCCCUGUCAGAGACCUGACUGAAUGACACCUUGUCAAGUUGGUUUGAACUGGACUCCCUGCCAGAGACCUGACUGAAUGACACCUUGUCAAGUUGGUUUGAACUGGACUCCCUGCCAGAGACCUGACUGAAUGACACCUUGUCAAGUUGGUUUGAACUGGACUCCCUGCCAGAGACCUGACCUGAGAGCUGUUUCUAACAUUCAUGUUCUCUGGAAUGUUUAGUUAUACAUUUUCUAUCACCUUGGAUACUUCCCUUGGCAUCUUUCUGUUUGAUGACAACGUUACGUGUUCUAUUUGAAUGCCAGUUGAACCAGGUGUUUGUGGCCCGGUAACCUUCCCUGGGCUGUACUGAAGGGACACAUACCGGCUAGUUAACCUGUGGUUCCCUUCUUCUUGUCUUAGGUGAUCACGGUUCUGAUGAAGGUGACCCAUAGAGAGCAGACUCUGUGUCAGUCAGCUAAUGCCCUCCUGGCCACAGUCUGUCUCUUCUGUGGAGACGAGGUCUCACGACAACAGUUCAGGAGGUGAGGACCUGUCCCUCGGUUUCUUACAUGGACUAAUCUGUCAUUAACUUGACUUUAAACAGCAAUCUUGUGAAGCCAAUAGCAUUAGUCUUUGAAGGGGUUGUUUCAGGCUGUCAGACAGAACAGUCUCUGUUGUCCUCCAGGCCCUCUGUUUGAUUUACAGCACACACUGUAAGGAGACUCAUUUCACUACUCUCUCCAUCUCCAUCUCCAUCUCCAUCUCCUGUCCCCCAGGUUGCUGCUGUCGAAGCCCGAGGCAGGCAGGAAGAUUCUGUCGGAGAACAGCCUGCUGAAAGGACUCAACUUCAACGAAAGGUUCCUGGGGGAGGAGCAGGUCCUGGAGGGUAAGGGUCAUGGGUCAUUCUAGAACAUGAGUGGGAUAAUGUCAAUGUUGCCUUGGUUAGAUAGUAGCUGGGAGCUUGCGGAGUCUGAUACUUGUGAGAUUUGUUUGUCACAUUUUGCGGUAAGAAUUGUUUGGCGAGCUGCUCCUAGGUGGUCUGGUAGCUACUGGUAGAUCAACCUGUUGGAGACCCCUGUUCUAGAAACGAGGGUACCAGCGAGG